CAUCAACUAAGAUAUUACUCUUGUUCAGACUUAUUACCAACAAACUUGUAGUAACCACCCAUUUACCUUUCCAUACCCACAAAUUCUCUAUAUUCGUCUGUGAAUUCUGCCAUGUUUAGGGACGUUUCAAGCUGUAAUUCUUACAAUUAUGGCGAUGCUUUGUACUGGGAUGCUCGUUACAUUCAAGAAGCUGAAUGUUUUGAUUGGUACCAGCGUUACUCUGCUCUACGUCCCUUUGUUCGCAAAUAUAUACCCACGUCUUCUCGUAUUCUUAUGGUUGGUUGUGGAAAUGCUGUUAUGUCAGAGGACAUGGUGAAGGAUGGAUACGAGGAGAUUAUGAACAUUGACAUUUCAACAGUUGCAAUUGAAAUGAUGGGAAGAAAGCAUGCACACAUACCUCAAUUGAAAUACAUGCAGAUGGAUGUUAGAGAUAUGAGUCUUUUCCCAGAUGAUUCGUUUGGAAGUGUUAUUGAUAAAGGAACUCUCGAUUCUUUGAUGUGCGGUACUGAUGCUCCACUUAGCGCCUCUCAGAUGUUGGGUGAAGUCAGCAGGCUGCUAAAACCUGGAGGAGUAUAUAUGUUGAUUACCUAUGGCGAUCCAAACGUGAGGAUGCCUCAUUUGAGCCGACCCGUGUACAAUUGGAAAAUUGAACUGUACAUAAUUCCGAGACCUGGGUUUGAAGGGAAAGCUAUGCCUUCUAUUGAAUCAUGCUCGGAACCCAUCCCUCUCUCCGAAAAGGGCCUCCUUCCACCCGAUUUUGUGUUGGAAGAUCCAGAUUGUCAUUACAUAUAUAUAUGCAAAAAGAUGGACGAGGGGCCAACUAUUGUAGCAUUAAAUCCUUGACAGGUGAUAUGCUCUGAUCCAAAACACAACAAUUUAAGUUUCAGAAUUUUGUAUAAGUUUUUGAUCAAAUUGCUUUCGAUUUACAAACUAACUUAGUUUUUAGGUUUUGCGUUUGUAUCGAUCUUUGUAACAUUAUGUGUAUAAUUCUUGAUGAAGAGCUAAAGAUUAGUGGAAUUAGUGAAGCCUCUUUUUAGAGCUUAUAGUUGAACUUGGAUCCAUUUACA